AUGGCUGGCGGCUCACUGAAGCAAGCAGCUGAAUCAGCCCGGAACAAGACUACUGAAGUCAUGGGUGUAGCUAGGGCCGACGGAGCGGCUGUCGCUCACGAUCUUCUGCACACCCCGUGGAUGAGGGCAGCUCUUCCCUUCAUCAAUGGUGGCCUCAGUGGCAUGGUCGCUACCACUGUCAUCCAACCAGUGGACAUGAUCAAAGUCAGAAUUCAACUUGCUGGCGAAGGCACUUCGGGCGGCCCCAAGCCCACUCCUAUCGCGGUUGCUCGACAGAUUGUUGCUAGUGGCAGGGUCCUUGACCUUUACACUGGUCUGUCUGCGGGUCUCCUGCGACAAGCGGUGUAUACGACUGCCCGCUUGGGAUUCUUCGACACUUUUAUGGGUUCCCUGACGACUAGAGCCAAGAGCCAGGGUCGUGAUGUCGGGUUUGGCGACAGGGCUACUGCUGGCUUGGCUGCAGGAGGUGUGGCCGCAAUGUUCGGUAAUCCCGCCGAUCUGGCUCUUAUCCGCAUGCAGAGCGAUGGCUUGAAGCCUCUAGCUGAAAGGAAGAACUACAAGUCUGUCAUUGAUGCUCUAUCCUCAAUUUCCAAGAGUGAGGGUGUUGGAGCCUUGUGGGCUGGCGCAGCACCAACUGUCGUCCGUGCCAUGGCCCUCAACUUUGGACAGCUUGCCUUCUUUAGCGAAGCCAAGGCUCAACUCAAGAAGAAUACCGAUUUGUCAGCGCGAGCUCAAACACUAAGCGCUAGUGCUGUUGCCGGUUUCUUUGCCAGUUUCUUUAGUUUGCCAUUCGAUUUCGUCAAGACUCGACUGCAGAAGCAACAGAAGGGCCCCGAUGGGAAGCUUCCCUAUAAGAGCAUGGCUGACUGCUUUACCAAGGUGGCCAGGCAAGAGGGCCUCUUACGAUUCUAUCGAGGCUUCGGUACAUAUUAUGUCCGCAUUGCCCCUCACGCGUAA